AAAAAGUACUUUACCAAACACCCUAGGAAGUUUGGGUCUUUCAAUCCUAUGUCGUGAGGGAUGUGACCUAUAUUAGGUCCAUAAAAUACCACAGCUUUGGUUCUUAAAUGAAUUAUGAUUGUCAUUUAUUGUACUGGGCCUUGGUUCUUCAAAUCUUCCCUCACUCUUCUCACGACUUUGGGCCUUCUCCAAGACAAAUGGCCCACUAGGUGUGACUUUCAUUUCAUUCUGAUUCGUCUUGCUUUGUUGCAUUCCCAUAUUCGACCUCUGUAGCCUGAACCUUCGGCCUUCUUCUUCCCCUUCUCUUCUUCAACCUCGUCACUGUCGCGGAAGCACUUGGGGUUAGAACACGAGUUCCGCGUCCCCUUCUCCAUCUCCGCCUUCUUCUUAGAUUUCCAUUCUUCGAGGUCGUUACUGUCGCAGUCGACUUGGAGCUCCAUUUUGGCGUGUGAAGAACGGACGAGGGUGCCAAGCAUAGCUUCUCAGCAGGUUCGACCGUCAAAUUCUACGGACCUAACUCUUGAAGAAGUUGAGACUGUCGCUCUAUCUGGUCUCAAGCAAGUUAUGGAAGAGAAGAUUUAACUUCCCUCCGCUCGAUUGACUUGGAAAAGUUUGAAGGGGCCUCCAAACUGUAAUACCUCUGAGGUGGACUUUUAUUGCGGUUUGUAUGAUAAUUUUUUUUUUUCCUUAAAUUGGACUGAUUACAUUCUUACUUUCCACAGCAGAGCUGGUAUUACGUGGCUCCAGAGAUUCUUGUUGGAUAUCAGUAUCCUACGAAAUCAAAUUGCAUAUUUUUUCUAUGAUUUUAGAACCUUUUUUUCCUCAGAUUUUUCCUUUUAUUUGAGGGUGGGUGGUCCUUAUUUUGCUUCAUCUUGAGUUGGUUUUUUUUUUUUGGUUUAGAUUUGAAAAAUCAGAAUAAUUUCAUGGGAUGAUCAUUUGAGUGAUUAUAAGGGGAAUCAAAGUAAUUUCAUGUUCUGAUGAUCAUUAGGAGGACAUGUUGUCCCCCUUGAGUCAGUUUUAAGUGUUGUUCCCUUUUUCUUAUUAUGGGAUAGAGAGGCAGUGGGAACUUCAGUUUGUUUUUAUUCAAAUAUAUUUCAUUGACUUUUGUUUGGUCCAUUAUCAUUAUAAGAUACACGAGUUACCACAAUGUUCCUGAUGCUUCUGAAUUCGAUCUUUUUGAGGACGAUGAUUGAAAUCCUCGGUUUCAGGGAUCAUCUUGACUCCAAAAGCUGGUGAAUACGUUCCACUGGAAACUGGCAACCCCACAAGAGGAUCGAAUUCCUAUGCCAGGUGCUAAUUGUUAACAUUAUGUCUUCAUUUAUCUGAAUCCUGCUACAAGACUCUGCUCUUUGGUGCGGCAAGGAUUAUUGAUUCCUCCUUCGACUUUUUCUGUUCUUUGAAAGAAAUAUAGAAAGUUUAUUUACAUAUGGUUGGAGGAUCAUCAGUCUCAUGUAUAAAUGUAAAUACAAGCCACACUCGACUGCUCAGCCUCCUUACCACAUGCAAGUCAAUGCAUGAAUUGAAGCAACUUCAUGCCAUUUUGUUCUCUUUUGGCUUAUCUCAAGAUGACAUAUUCACCUCCAGACUCCUUUCUUUCUCGGCUCUUUCCAGUUCUGGUGACAUCAGUUAUUCCUACAAGGUUUUCUCCCAUCUCUCCAACCCAACAAUUUUCAGUUGGAACACAAUCAUUAGAGGCUAUUCAAUCAGUAAAAACCCAAACCGUUCAUUUUCAGUUUUUUUGAGAAUGUUGCGAUUUGGGGUUUCACCAGAUUACUUAACAUACCCCUUUCUUGUGAAGGCAUCGGCACGCCUUUUGAAUCAACAAAACGGUGUAUCUGUGCAUGCCCAAAUUGUAAGAAGAGGGCACGCGUCUGAUAGAUUUAUCCAAAAUUCUUUGAUUCAUAUGUAUGCUUCUUGUGGGAAUAUUGUAUGUGCUCGAAAGGUGUUUGAUAGAAUGCAAGAGAAGAACUUGGUUUCAUGGAAUUCCAUGUUGGAUGGCUAUGCUAAGUGUGGAGAAAUAGUUAUGGCACAGAAAGUGUUUGAAUCAAUGCCUAAGAAGGAUGUCGUGUCUUGGAGCUCUUUGAUUGAUGGUUACGUUAAAGAUGGGGAAUAUGGAGAAGCCAUGGCUAUCUUUGAAAAGAUGAGGGUUUCAGGUACAAAGGCUAAUGAAGUGACCAUGGUGAGUGUUCUAUGUGCAUGUGCUCACUUAGGUGCUCUGGAGAAGGGAAGAAUGAUCCACAAGUAUAUAGUUGAGAAUAAAUUACCGCUGACCCUGGUUUUGAAGACUUCUCUAGUGGACAUGUAUGCCAAAUGUGGGGCAAUACAGGAGGCUUUGCCUGUGUUUCAUAGUGUAUCAAAGACCCAAACUGAUGUCCUGAUUUGGAAUGCAACGAUUGGAGGUCUUGCAACACAUGGUUUAGUUGAAGAAUCUCUUAAACUGUUUAUGGAAAUGCAAGUAGUUGGUAAACCUGAUGAGAUAACAUACUUGUGCUUAUUGACUGCUUGUGCUCAUGGGGGUUUAGUAAAAGAAGCAUGGUACUUUUUUGAGAGCCUCAGAAAAUUCGGCAUGACACCCAAAAGUGAGCACUAUGCUUGUAUGGUGGAUGUGCUAGCACGUGCAGGUCAUUUAGCCACAGCAUACCAAUUUAUAUGUGGAAUGCCCAUAGAGCCAACGGCUUCCAUGUUAGGUGCUCUUUUUAAUGGGUGUAUUAACCAUAGAAAAUUUGAUCUUGCAGAAACAGUUGGUAAGAAACUUAUUGAGCUUGAACCUCAUCAUGAUGGAAGGUAUGUUGGGUUAUCAAAUGUCUACGCAGUUGUGAAACGAUGGGAUGAUGCAAAGAGCUUGAGAGAAGCCAUGGAGAGAAGAGGGGUGAAAAAAUCACCAGGUUUCAGCUUUGUGGAAUUAUUUGGGGUCCUUCAUAGAUUUAUUGCGCAUGAUAAAUCGCAUCCCAACUUAGAAGAGACUUACUCAAUGCUAAGUUUUGUCGGGUAUCAAAUGAAACUUUGCGUUGACCAAGAAAACCAAGGUUGGGCAUUUGAUAUUGAAAUGGAAGAUGAGUAGCUUACUUUCUAUUAUGUCUUUCUGAACCACUCAAAUUAAAAGAAAAGUUACAAUUUUUAGCAUGUAAAUUUGGCGCAAUAAUUUUGAGAUCCAUAUCUUGCACAUAAUUUUUAGUAAAAUAGAAUUUGUAUUGUUAA